AUGUCUUCUGAUCCUUCAAAGCACGGGUCUCCUAGAUAUGUGGAGGAAGAGGUUGAAAGCUAUGCACCUGCCCAUACUCAGGAGCGGGACAGGAAGAGGAGUCAUCACAGGGUGCCGUUGGUUACCAAAGCUAUACCAAUUCAGAGGUCUCCACUAGAGAAAUUGAGGAAGUAUAGGAGCGUCGAUUUUAAGGGUACAAAGGAGGAUGAUCCAACAGCUGCAGAGCAUUGGUUAGAGAGAACUGAGAGAUGGUGGGUUACAGUGUCUAGAGUUGUCCAGCCUAUAGUGAUUACAUGGGAUUUUUUCCUAGCUGAGUUUAAGAAGGAGUAUGUCAGCCAUGUUUAUUUGGAGGCUAGAUGGAGAGAGUUCCUAGCCUUGAGGCAGAAGCAGCUGAUUGUAUCUGAGCAUGUGAGAGAGUUUGUACAGUUGAGUAGGUAUGCUUGGGAGAUGAUGCCUACAGAGGCAGACAGGUGUCGACAGUUUAAGGAUAGGCUAAAUGACGAUAGUAGACUUAUGGUCACAGCACAUCAGAUUUCUAAUUUCUCCCAGCUAAUUGCAGCUGCUCUGAAUGUGGAGAGAGUCAGGGAAAGUGAGCAGACUCAGAAAGGUAGGCAGCAUAAGAGAGAAUCUGGACAGGGACAGUCCAGUAUGUUAGAUUCUGGUAGCAAGAAGCCCAAGGGUUCACAGGACUAG